AUGGCUAAACCAGUCGAUCCAAAUAAAGAAGAUCAAUAUGCAACAGCUAUAUUAAAUCGUAAUGAACGUCCAAAUCAUUUAAUUAUUGAUAAUGCUAUUAAUGAUGAUAAUAGUGUUGUUACAUUAUCACAACAAAAAAUGAAUGAAUUACAAUUAUUUCGUGGUGAUACGGUUUUACUUAAAGGCAAAAAAUGUCAUGAAACAAUAUGUAUUGUUCUUGCUGAUGAUACAUGUCAAAAUGAUCGUAUACGAAUGGAUCGUGUUGUACGAAAUAAUUUACGCGUACAUUCAAGUGAUAUUGUUUCAAUUCAAGGUUUAAAAGAUGUUCAACGUGGUAAACAUAUAUCUGUUUUACCUAUUGAUGAUACUGUACAAGGAAUAACAGGCAAUCUAUUGAAAGUUUAUUUAAAACCAUAUUUUGCUGAAGCUGAUCGACCAGUACGUGAAGGUGAUGUUUUUAGUGUACAUGCAGCUAUGCAUGCUGUAGAAUUUAAAGUAAUUGUAACUGAACCAAGUCCGUAUUGUAUUGUUACAUCACGUACAAUUAUUCAUUGUGAUGGUGAUCCCAUUAAACGUGAAGAAGAAGAAAUAUCUUUAAAUGAAAUUGGUUAUGAUGAUAUUGGUGGUAUUAGAAAACAAUUAGUACAAAUUAAAGAAAUGGUUGAAUUACCAUUGAAACAUCCACAAUUAUUUAAAACAAUUGGAGCUAAGCCACCACGAAAUAUUCUUUUAUAUGGACCACCAGGCACAGGUAAAAAUUUAAUUGCACGUGCAGUGGCUAAUGAGAUUGGUGCAUUUUUCUUUUUAAUCAAUGGACUGGAAAUUGUGUCUAAAUCAGCUGGUGAAUCUGAAUCUAAUUUACGUAAAAAAUUUGAAGAAGCUGAAAUGAAAUCUCCAGCUAUUAUUUUUAUUGAUAAGCUUGAUGCAAUUGCAGCAGAACAUGGUCUUAAACAACGUUCAAAUGUGAUUGUUAUGGCAGCAACAAGACAACGAAAUUUGAUUGAUCCCGCAGUUCGUCAUUUUGGUUGUUUCGAUCGAGAAAUCGAUAUUGGUAUUCCUAAUGCUGUUGAUCGUUUAGAAAUUCUUCGUAUACAUACAAAAAAUAUGAAAUUAGAUGGUAAUGUUAAUCUUGAACAAAUUAGUAAUGAAACACAUGGCUGUGUUGGUGCAGAUUUAGCAUCAUUAUGUUCAGAAGCUGCUUUACAACAAAUUCGAGAGAAAAAGCAUGUUAUUGAUUUAGAAGAACAUACGAUUAAUGCUGAAGCACUCAAUUCAUUAGUUAUUACACAAGAGAAUUUUCGAUUUGCAUUAAAUCAAUCAAAUGCAUCAGCUUUACGUGAAAUAGUUGUUGAAGUACCAACAACAACAUGGGAAGAUAUUGGCUGUUCAAACGGUGUUAAACUUGGUUUACAACAAAUAGUUAAAUAUCCUUUUCAACAUCCAGGAGAAUUUCUCAAAUUUGAUACGACACCACCACGUGGUGUUCUCUUAUAUGGACCACCUGGUUAUGGUAAAACAUUAGUAGCCAAAGCUAUUGCUAAUGAAUGUCAAGCUAAUUUUAUUUCGAUAAAAGUUUCUGAAUUAUUAAGUAUAUGGUUUAAUGAACCAGAAGCUUAUGUCCAUGAUGUAUUUGAUAAGGCUCGUCAAGCAGCACGAUGUAUACUCUUUAUUGAUGAAUUAGGUUUACUUGCUAAAGAUCGUGGCGGGAGCGCUGGAUAUGAUAGUGGUGCAAUUCAACGUAUUAUUAAUCAAAUUUUAAUUGAAAUGGAUGGUAUGAGUGCAAAGAAAAGUGUUUUUUUUAUUGGUUCCACUAGUCGAUCGGAUAUUCUUGAUUUAGAGUUUUUCAAAACAGGUCGUCUCGACUACCAAUAUUAUAUUCCAUUACCAAAUGAAGAAUCACGUCUAGUAAUUCUUAAAACUGGUUUAUGCAAAACACUGUUGGCUGAAGAUAUAAAUCUGAAGUACUUGGUCGAAAAAACCGACAAUUUAACUGGUGCUAUUAUUAAUGGAAUAUGUCGUGAAGUAAAACGAUUGGCAGCAAGAGAAUUUAUUGAAAGAAGAGGUACAGCGAAUUUAAUUCCAGAACCACAAAUUCGUCGUGGCCAUUUUUAUCCAAUAAUCCAAUACAACUCCAAGGUUUAUCUCAGAUGCUGA